CUCCUCCUCCUCUUCGUCCCGUCCCCCUCCCCAUCUGCGGCGCCGUCCUUGGCUGCCAGAUCGUUAUCCUUUCGCCUCCGCGCGGAUUCCUCACAUUCGUUUUCUCCCCCACCCUCAUUUGCACGCCCGCCAUGUCGAGCCGUCUGGAAAGGCGCGCGCUCCAUCGCGGCAUCCAGCCCAGGUUCAGCCCGACCGCCAUCUUCCCGACGGACACCUUUACGAUUGUUCUGCCUGGUACGACGAGCGUCUUUGUGGACCCGAUACCGACCUUCUCGCAUGUCCAGCAGCCCACGACGAGCACGUCUGUCGUAGUAGUGCAUCCGACGACCCCUGUAGUAGUGCAUCCGACGAUCCCGCUCACGACUAGGACGUCUGUCGUUGCGGUAUCUACGGCGUCAUCCACCACUGCGUUGAUAUCGACCACCAGCUCGACUUCCACCAGCAUUCCGAGGACCACCAGCACGUCAAGUAGCACCAUCCUCACCACCACCUCCACCACCCCUACCGUUAUAUCCAAAGUUCCCACAACGACCCGUCAUGCUGGGACCAGCCUGGUUGUCUCGACCGACACCACCAUUUUCACCGCGUCCGUCUCCGGCUCGCUCGCCGCGGCUGCGUCCUCAACGCCUUCCACCACCGCCACGCCGCAGUCGAACAUUAGCAAGGGUGUCAUCGCAGGCGGCGUCUCAGCAGCCGUCAUCGCCGUCCUCGGCGUCGCUGCCGGGCUCUUCUACCUCAUCCGCCGAUGCCGCCGCGACAAGCACGACGACACCGACUUCAACGCCGAGGCCUUCCGCCGGCAGUCGCAGUACAUUAACGACGACGGCUCGCUCAACGAGAAGCCGCCCUCGUUCUUACGCGCACCGAGUGACAAUGGACGCGGCCCUCGCCCGCCGACGAUGAUCGAGCGCCACCUCGCCAACAUGGCCUCUCCCCCGCCCGCGCCGUACGCCUACAACCAGCAGAUGGGGCAGCAGGGCCCGUACCCGGCCUUUGGACCCCAGGCCGGCGCGCCCUUCGACCCUUACGGAGGCUACAACAACAACGGUCCCUACGUACAGCCCUCGUUCGCCCCCGGUCAGAUCGUGCCGACGCCCGUGUCCUCGCCGCCGCCGACCGCGCUCCCCGGCUCGGCGCAGCCGUUCUUCGCGCCGCACGGCCAGACACCGCUCGGCUCGCCCACGACGCCUGCGCCGUACGGCUCGGCCUACGACGCCCGCGGGCAGCUCGUCCGCCAGCCGUCCGCCUCGUUGAACGCGCAGCCGACCAGCACGCUCACCCGCAACGGCUCCGUCAACAUCCCGACGACGCCCAUGCCCGGCGACCCGCACUACGUCGACUUGAACAGAUCGAGCGUGAGUCCGUUCCAGGCGGCUCAGUACGCUGAGAUCUCGGCCAAACUCGGCGCGCCGCUCCCCGCCGUUAGCGAAGUGCAGGAUAAGGACCUGCCCCCGAUGCCAGCGGAGGAGGAGGAACAUGUGCCAACGACGUCCGCGUCCGCCGAGACAUAUAUCGCGGGCAUGAAGCAGCAGCACUUGUCGGUCAACGAGUUGAAGGAGCAGGCGAACCCCGAGUCGCCGUUCGCGGACCCGAACCUCAAGCACGCUGACCCCGUCAUGGCCAACAACACCUCUGCUGCGACCGUCUCGUCCUUCGAGGACGACGACGAAGAGGAAGAGGAAGAAGACGGACAGGAGCUCGAGCUGCCGUCGCCCAGCUUCUCCUCCAAGUCCCGCGUUGCGUCGACGCCGCCGAUGCUGCCCGAGAUCGCGAUCCAGGAGCGCGCGAUGAGCCCCAUCCUCAGCCCGAGCUCGUACGACUUCCCGAUGCCUGUCUCCGCCGGCCCUAGCCCGUUCGCCCAGCAGUUCGGCGUAGGCGAGGCAGGAACCGCUCCCUCGCCCAACGCGCCCGCGUUCGUCAGCCACUCGAGUCCGUUGGCGAAGACGGAGCCGGCUGCGCCGAAGACGAAUGUCCGCCCCGAGACGGUAUAUGACCCCGAAGACGCCUACGGCGGCAUCUAAGCUUGUAUCGUCGGGCCGCCGCCUCCCUCAUCCCCCUGUACAUAAGGAGGGACCGGCCCUUGUACUCCCCGUGCCAUUACUAGUAUCCGUCUGUUGUUUCCUCGCCCGCAGCGCGGUCUCGGUCUCGGUUAUUCGUUUCCAUCACCUUCACCCUCCCCUCUCGGCCGCGGAUGGAACAGGCUUCGGGUCGGCGGACCUUCCCACCACGUUACUCUCUCUCUCUCACCUUCCAUGGGCAUCCACGCAAAUCUCCCUCACGUUUCCUCGACGUUCAUGCCUGCUAUGGCGUGCUAGUGCCUUCUCCAAAAAAUAAAUUUCUCCACGCGCCCCCGUCCAGCCAGAAUGGACGAUUUGUCCGGGCAACGAGCCUCCUCUCGUCUAUACCCCCCCUAACGCUUUCUGCUUCCGUAUUCC